CAUAAAAUAAGUACUCUAAAAAUGAACAAUUUAAUGGAUGAUUUAGAUUAUAAUUUGUUCGUUAAUAUUUUGACAUCAUUAAAGAGUAAAAGUGAUUUGAGAUGGACAUUAAAAAGUUUAAAUGCAGGACAAUCAGCUUUAAACUCUCAAGGAACACAAUUAUCAAAUUAUGAAAAAAAAAAGAUACUAGAAGAAAAUAUAAAAUUAACAAUUCUGAUGGUAAUACCUUUAAACAAUAUUAGUUUCGACGAUGCUACAAAUAAAGCAAUGGAAAUUCUCAAGGACCUUCAGAGUAUUAAAAAUAAUACAACUAUUAGAAUGAUGGGAUACAUUUUAAUUAAAAUUCUGAAAUCAAAACUCCAAGGCUUGUAUAUAAAUGAACAACAACUGAUAAUGAUGAAAUCAAACUUUCACAAAACUCCAGUGAUAUUUGUUCCAAGUCAUAGAAGUUACCAAGAUUUUAUAUUAAUGGCAUUCAUUUGUUUCAACUAUAAUAUUGAUAUUCCAUAUGUUGCUGCAGCAAUGGAUUUUAAAAACAUGAAAAUAAUGGGGAAUAUAUUGAAACAAUGCGGUGCUUUUUUCUUGCAUCGAGGGAAAAAUGCACAAGAUAUUAUAUACCGAUCAGUAUUGUAUACUUAUAUUAAACAUUUGAUAACUUAUGAAAGUUCGCCCUUGCAGUUUUUUAUUGAAGGUACUCGCAGUCGCUCUAAUAAGUCUAUUCAUCCAAAGCUAGGAAUACUUAAGUGUAUUGUUAAUGUUUUAUUAAAAAAUGAAGUUCAAGAUGUCAUAAUUAUUCCUAUAUCAAUUAAUUAUGAUCGUCUUCUUGAGGACAAAUUAUUUAGUUAUGAACUUUUAGGAAUUCCUAAGCCAAAAGAAACCACUUUGGGAUUAAUUAAUAGUAUUAAAAAUAUGGAUGACCAAUAUGGUAACAUUUAUAUUAAUUUUGGUUCUCCUUUUUCACUUCAAAAAUAUGUUAAAGAUAUUAAUCAAAAUGGAAAAAAUAAUGAAAAUCAUAAUAUAGUGUUAACCCUUGCUCAUGAAAUUGUUUAUAGGCAACAACAUAACAUGAUUUUAUCAUAUUUUAAUAUUUUAGCAGUUGCAUUAAUUUAUAACUUAUCUAAAAAUAAUACUGAAGAUAUUCAUUUAGAUAAAGUAACAUAUCAAAUAAGUUGGAUAAGUAAACUUUUUAAAAAAUGUGGGGCUCAAAUUGAAGUGCAAGAUAUUGAUAUAACUAGAAGAAUUAUUAAUACUAUUCAACUGCAUCAACACUUUAUCACAUUGAAAGACAAUAUCAUACAUUUUCAAAAGCACUAUUCAAAGUACAAUAACAUUUAUCCAAAUCAUUUAUCAGGCAACCUAAAUUUUAAAACUGAAUUAUUUGAUAAUGCAUUCCCAUUGAUUUUAAAUCAACUUUAUGUCAAUCCUUCAUUACAUUUUAUUAUAAAUAUUGCAUUUAUAAUUUUAAUUUCAAAACGUCAAAUAAUUUGGAACAAUGGCAUCUUAGAUUUAGAAGAAAAGUUUAUUUUAUUAAGAAGACUAUUCGAGUUUGAAUUUGUAUUUUUUGAAGGCUGUCAGAAAGAAGAUUUUAAACAUAGUAUUUCAAUGUAUCUCCAUAUACAUGAAAAAGAAAAAGAACUACUUCGCUAUUUAACUAUCAAUCCAUUUAUGACAUGUUAUCGACUUAUAUAUAGUUGUUUGAUAGACGCUCGUCAAAAAAUAAUUUCAGAGGAAUUAAUUUAUAAAUUAAUUCACAUGAAAGUUGAAGAAUUGCACACACAUCCUUAUGUUUUGAUUAAAGAUGUAAUUAAAUCUGCUUUAGAUGGACUUCAUAAAAUGGAAAUAAUUGAAAAACAUGAAAAAAAUGAUACAAUAUUAUAUGAAAUAAAUAGAACUAAAAUAAUGGAGUUAAUUCAAAUAUUUGAUAAUAUUAUAUCAAAUGGCAACAAUUUAUUAAAAUCAAAUAUUUAA